AGCCUCAACAUCCUCCCACAGAUAAUGUCAGACCCCACGGAAACUAGUGGUGCCUCGCACAGCGAGCAAAUAUUAGAGGCAUCCAGAAGAAACAACACAGAGCUCUUAUUACAGAUCAAAUCUGACUUGAACAACGACCAGAUGAAGUUGUCUCAAUUGAUCAACUCCACCAAGGAAAUUAUAACCAACAACACUCCUUUGCAUUUGGCAUGUCAUCUCGGAAACUGGGAGUUCAUCGAUAUAGUUUUGGACAUUGAGGGGGUUGAAAUUGACCCCAAGAACAGGGCUGGUGAAACUCCGUUGCAUUUGGCCGUGAAGUACGCCAAUGAUGAACCUGAUCAUGGGUAUUACGUGGUGGAUAAUUUACUUGAUGCCGGAUCCGAUCCUAGAAUACUUGAUAGCUACAAGUUAAAACCUAUUAACUACGUCAAAGACAAUGCCAAUUUGACGGAGUUAUUAGAAGGAGCCGAGUAUGCAAUUUCUAUGGAAGGUCAGGGCCUCCAAGAGACUCAAGAAGGUGAUGAUGGGGAAGAAAGCGAUGGGCCUUCUGACUCUGAGUCUGAAUAAUUAGAACCCCCAUAACACAUAUAUUUAUAUAUACAUAUCUAUAACCAUUUAUCCCAAUAGAAAGUUAUCUUUGGUGGUGUCGACCCAGUUUUCCAAAAGCUGUUUUGCAUCUUUCUUCAAGAUGUUCCUAUCUGUUUGAGCUUCUUUUAGCUCUUGGUAUGUCUUUUGUUUUGGCUCAUAUACCAACAUGCUGUGUUUUACCAAUGCCUUAUUGCAAAGUGAGCUUUCGCCUCCGGGAUUUGGAGGCCGGUUCUUGAUGAAGCUACCAUUUUUAACUCCAUUGUUAAUGACUUGAGUCUCGUUUCGCCAGGCCAUGUGCACUAACGAAAGCGGUGAUGGAACAGCACCUUCAUGCUUUUCAUAUGGGUAAGCGUUCUUUACGUACACAAUUGUCUUGAGCUUCUUCCCGAUGGUUAUGGGAAACCUCUCGUCAAAGCAUCUUCUGAUAUCUGGUUCAUGGUACUUUGUUUUGUGAAGUACCAAAAAAUCAAGAUAAACUGGCUCAUAAAAUUGGCUGGUAAUACUAUUGUUUAGCCCCACCAACUGUUUGAGGCAGAUUUUGUCAGAGCAGGAUUUGCUAAGUGUUUUCACUGAGUCCAGCCUGCCAGGCUUUGUUCGUACAAUUCCCAACUGAUCAAAAUGGUUUCGUCCUCUUACCAUCUCAGUUUUAGUUUUACGUCU